ACCUGAGCCUCAACUCUCGCGGCCCGGUACCAAACGACUCACGGACCGGUACCGGUCCGAGGCCCGGGGGUUGGGGACCGCUGCUCUGGAGUGAAAGGGUGGGGGAGGGCGUGCUUGUAUCACCCUGGUUAGGUGCACGUGAGCUGGGGUUUUCCUACAGGUUAUACUGGAGGUCCUGAGACGCAGUGUUGAUUAUGUCUCUUAGCUGGCGUGGGAAAGUCUCUGUGUCCUUCCAGAAGAGUCUGUGGGAUAUUUUGUGACGACAUCCAGCAGUGAUGGAGGCUGUUUAUAAUGAAGUGUGAUGAUAUACAAUAAAUAAAAACACAGUAUUUACCCACAGGAGCUGUGUGAAUCCUGAGUGUGUUUUCAACAUGCUAACUAUGCUAAAUCUUUGAUCACUGUUGUGCAUGUUUCUCAUCUUUAAUAAUCAAACCUAGAAGUGAAAGGACAGCCUCUGAAAUAUGAGAACUGUGUUUAAAACUGUCUGUAAUUCUAAAACGGUUCAGACUUAAGCUGCUCAGCAGGCGUCUCUUAAGUAAUGAGGCGGCUCAGCUGCUGCGUCAGCCUCUUAUAACUGUCCACAUUACAAAAACUUGCAGGGACGACUCUUUGGGCCACGAGUCGCUGCUCGUUUGAACACCUUUGUCAGACAAACAGCAGCAAAGUGAGAGACAGCAGCAGGCCACACAGCUCCACAGCUGUGGAUGAUUCAGGACACAAAGCACCUGUGGAUCUUUUCUCGCCUGCUGAGGUCCUAAUUAAACACAGCGUUCAGGUUUACAUGUUUUCUGUGGGGUGAGCGGUGUGCAAUGCAACAAAAAGAAAAUGACGACCACACGACCCUGCUGUGAGAGUCUAAUCCUGCUGACUCCACUUCAGGCUGCAGCUGGUCUGACUCAGUGUUCCUGGUCCUGGUUUAAGUGACCGUUCAGGUCUCAACAUCUGCAGAGCAGGUAAAGGCUGAUGUUAGAGUCCAGCAGCAGGAUGAGAUCCUUCCUUGGAAGCAGCUGAGUGUUGAGAUUAUGUUUAUGUAAACCAGCUGAAGGUAAAACAGUGUUCAGUUUGAGGGUGACCUUGGGGUCCUUAGGGACUAGUAGAGCUCUAUACAAAUAUAGGCCAUUUACCAUAAACUGCACAUGCUUACAGCCACCACUGCCGCUGUGCACUCCUGGUAAAUGUGAUGCUGUUCUAUGAAAGCGUUCGUACGCUUUGACUUCUCGUCCAACCGGCUCAACAGACGAAAGCAUAAAAAGAGUCAUUGUUUAUGUUUCUGCUUCCAGCUGCCUGCCAGCUGUGGUUUUCAUAACAGGAAAUAUCAAAGUUAUAAAAGGUUUAAUGCACUGAGUGCUGUCACACUGAGUGCUGUCACACUGAGGGCUGUCACACUGAGUGCUGUCACACUGAGGGCUGUCACACUGAUGCGACACGCAGACACUUGACAUGUUAACCACGUACUGGAUUUGACAAUCUGACACUCACUGGUAACUCUUUCAUUUUCAGAUGAAUUUACAAGGACAACAACCCGUGAACCUUUUUGCUGCCUCACUAACUGCGAGGUUUGAUUUUCCAGCAGUGGAAGUCAAUACUGACACUAAUGAACUCACUGAAAAUCCUCAUAAGAUGCAAGAGAACAGGACGGGAAUCUUUAAGGGUCUCAUCGUCGCUUGACUAAAGAUUUUCACACAUUUUAUAAAAAGCCAGAGAUUUUUAACACCACAUAACGACUACAACCCUGACUGCACAACGAUGACCCUGAAAUAAUGAAGAUGAUGGUAAUAAUAAUGAAAUGGCUAACCCAGAGUCUGCACCUGAAUUUAAUUGUGAGUCUCGGGGAGAUCAUCGAGGACAAACCCCGGAUACGAACAGGUCUGUAACAUCAGGCGCUGGUGUACUGAAGACCUAAAAUGCUGCCUGUGUGAGCGAACAGAGGUCACUAAAUCUGACCGUGACCUGUUUGGACCCCUCAGGUGAUCAGUGUUUGAUUAAACACACUGAUCAUAAGAGGAGUGAUGCUUGUGAGCUGUGGACAGACAGAUGAUGAGCUUCUCCAUGACAUAAGCUCGGGGAUCACUCAGUCAGGUGAGCAGUUGUUCACAGAUUUACAGAUUUAAUUAUUCAGAUCUACAGCUUGGUGUGUAAUCAGUCAGAUUAAGUCCUCACGUGUAGCACUAACAGCAGGUGUGUUUCAGUCCUACCACGGACGCGUGAAUCAGUGCCGUCAUCUGUGGAAGGUGUGCUGGUCGAGCAGGAAAGGAAGAAGAUGUUCGUGGAAGUUCAUCCAGUCAGUGCCAAGAACUCUGCUGAAACACGUGUAACAGUGCAACACAACGUUUGGAUCUGAUCAUGCCCAGAACUAACAGGUCAGCAGUUACUCAAACCGCACCUGUAAUGCUUCAACAUUUACCGUGCUCACAGCAUAUCCAUUCACUGUGGACCCCUCGCUGAUCAGUGUGGGCUGUAACAGUGACCCCGGGUGCAAAAGGGUGCGUUCACUGGCCUUUUUUCUGGGUUUUCCUAAUCAGCGAACACUGACGUCCAUCCUUUAUCCUGAGCUUAUCUGGGUUAUAACAGCUCUGACUGUCUGUGUAAGCUCAGGUCAGGUCACGAGUUUGAAAUGAAGGGCACGGGACUCCUUUGGGUUCAUCAAGCUGUUUCAUUUUAUCCCGAGUCCCAGGUUUUUAACCCCUAUAGAGGAGAUCUCCCCAUGGAGGGGUUCCUGAGCGUAUGAGACCCAUGCUGGAGGCUAAUGAAUCUAACUGUGGGUAAAAUGAAAAUCAAGGUGGAAUAAAGCCGUGAGUCAUUAAAGAGCUUCAUGAGGAGCAAGAGAAAAGAAGUUGAGCUUCACAAACACAGUGUUUGCUUCACGUUUACUUUGUUGGCAUCUGGUCCCCUGUUAUGUUGCAAGAUAAAUAUGAUGACGCACACUCUUUACAGCAGCCAGGACUGGUUGGCAGCUCCAUCACUGCUGUCUCUCCUGCUUCAACCACCAAACAUCAGCAGAUGUAGUUUGGACUGACAGUUGUUCAGGCUGUAGGCUGUUGUGUAGAUAAACUGAGUCUGCCUCUCUGUGUGUGUCUGUGUUUGCGCUCAUUGUGAUUUAUCUGCUUAUGGCCGUGAGCCCACAGCUCCUGAAGCAGGACCGCGCACGCUUAAAGCCGCCACUCCCACUACGAACUUCUGGGAAAUGUGGCGCAGCUGCUUUGUUUUAUCAGUGAACUGCAGGUCUUUGAAAGUCGAACCUGUUCAUCAGAAAAAGGAUACAAUCGUGUUACUGAGAGCUGCGAUUUCACAGAAAAGUUGUGAUGAAAGUUUUAAUGUGCAUGUGAAUACUUGCUGAGUGAGUCUGCGCUGUUUCUACUUUCAGAGUUAGGUGUCUCUCACACACACACACACACACACACACACACACACACUGACAGUGAAGACUUGUUGGUUCCUGCUGCAGCCUGUGUCCGACCAUCUCGGUGUGCGAGCCUUCCCAGGUCUCAGGUUUUGGUCUCCGGUUUGCAGGAACUGCUCCGACUUUAUUUGGUGCUUUAACUGCAGAGAUUUCACCUCCUAACCAGCUGCUGCCGUUCGGAUCACGGGGAGGAACAGACUAUUCAGCAUCAUGUUUUUAGCGGAGCUUUUAUCUUUGUGCGUCUUUCCUCUGAUGAUGUUUGCAGUAACAGCAGGACAUCAAAACGGGCGAGGAACCGUCGUGGUGGUUGUAUCUGAAGGAAACUACAUCAUCUUGCCGUGCUCGCUCAGCUCCCAGGAGAGCCUCGUACGAACGCACUUUCACUGGAAGAAAGACGAUGAGCGGGAGGUGUUUGUGUACGACGCCGACCUCCAUCAUAAUAACAGACGUUCAGGUCAAGACGAGCACUUCAGAGGACGCGUGUCACACUUUUCAGACCAGCUGAAGUUUGGUAACGCCUCCAUCAUCAUCAGAAACACCACGGUGGCCGACAGUGGCGACUACACCUGUGAUUUUCCAUUUCAUCAGCCGGACAGAGAAACAUUUAACGUCACCCUGGUUGUUGGUGCAGCUCCGAAGCCGUUUGUUGGGAUCCUGAACAUCAGCGAGGACGAGGCGCUGCUGAAGUGUGAGGUCAGAGGAGCUUCUCCAAAGCCUAAAGUAGAGUGGAGGGACAGCGAUGGGAACAUCCUUCCUGCUGAGGAGCCACAGGUGUCACGCACAGGAGAGCGCUAUGACAUCACCCUCCUCACCACGGUGACCAGGACAAACAGCAGCCUCUUCCUCUGUGUAGCCACGCAGGAGGAGCUCAGCCACCGAGCUGCUGACGAGAUCUUUGUUCCAGACCAGCUGUUUGAGACGUGCGGUGGAGACAUCGUGCUCAUAGUUUCAUUUGUUUGUGGAAUUCUCUCUGUGGUCGUGCUGAUAGCUGUGUGUGUGUGUUUCCUCUACUUUACCGUCUAAUCGUCCAUAAAGGUGCGUUUGAAUGAUGGAUUAUAUCAACAUCUCUGUAAUCUGUCGACAUGACUGUACCGCGGAUAUUAAUUUUUGUUUUAUUUUCAUAUUCACAGCUUCUGUGUGUGUGCGCGUGUGUGUGUGUGUUUCUGAAAAUUGACAAUAAUGGUGAUGUUGCCUUAAAUCUGUCAGUCUGCCCCAGGGCAGCUGUGGCUACAACUGUAGCUGCCUCCACCGGUGUGUCAAUGUGAGAGUGAAUGAAUAGUGGUAUUGUAAAGCGCC